AUGAACACCCAAAGGGCUUCCCUCACCGUGAACACCCAAAGGGGUUCCCUCGUCCCCCGGGAUGUGGGUAGCCCGGGGAAAGACAUGCAGCUGCGGGUGAUCCCGGCUGAGGUGAAGUUCCUGGACACGAUGGCCGGGAGGGUGUACCGCCUCCCGAUUACUGUGCAUAAUCUUGGCCGCUGGAACCAGAAAAUCCGAUUUAAGGAACCCAUCAAGCCACAGUUCAAACUGAUAUUGACCAGUCUGGAUAAAGAACUUGCUUCUGGCCUUCAGAUGACAGCUAUGGUGGAAUAUCAUCCUGAUAAAGAUGAAGACACUUUUGACCGACUACUUAUUUCAAUAGAAAAUAAAACAACAGAAAUUCCUCUAAUUGGGUUGAUUCCAUCCUGUAAAUUGGAAAUUGAAUCAGUAGUUAAUUUUGGCACAUUGGUUGCCAAUAGUAAAGUGUAUUCUAAAGAGGUUACUAUCAAAAACCGUGGCAAAGCUCCAGGCAUAUUUAAGACAGAAUACUGCGGCCAAUUACCCAUCCUCAUUUUUCCAACUAGUGGUAUUGUGGAUGCUAAGUCAUCAGUGGUUAUUAAAGUAGAUUUCUGUGCAGACUACCCAAGAAUUGUAGAUGAAGAGGCAAUAGUGAUUUUGCAAGGUCAACCUGAGAUUCUCUUGAGUAUCAAAGCUCAUGUGGUUGAGCAGAUUAUUGAAUUAUUAAACAUGAGUAGAGACAGAAGGCUGGAAUACAUACAUUUUGGUCCUGUUUUCUUCGGAUCAUCAAAAAUUCAACAUGCACGUAUACACAAUAAUAGCCCAGAGCCCAUAAAUUGGGUGGCCAUAAUACAAGAUGAUGCCAUGGGAGAAGAAAUGGGUACAGAUACUCGACAAAGAACAGAUAUUGCUUUAAAUAAUCUCACCUACAUAAGAAAAAUAAAGAACAUAGAUACUACUACCAUUAUCUCCUGUCUUCCUAAUGAAGGGACUUUACAACCUUAUCAAAAGACUGUAAUUACAUUUUGUUUCACCCCAAAGCUAAUGGCUGAUGGUAAAAAGGAUAUUGGACCUUCAUACAGGCAGGACUAUGCUCUCUUUUUGAGAUUUGAGUCCGUAGGAAGUAAAGAUGGAUUUUUGAGAGAUGAUGACUAUAAAACCAUCAAAAGUGAACGAUUUCAGAAAAUGGAACUAGCACUGACAGGCACAGGACUUCCUGUUUUACUACAGUUUGAUCCAGGACCAGUUCUUAAUUUUGAACCUUGUUUCAUGGGUGAACGUUCAGAAAUUCAGUGUAUCAUAAAAAAUCAAUGUGAAUUACUUCCUCUGACGUACCACUUUGAAAAAACUGCAAAUUUUAAAAUUGAUCCUGAAAAGGGCGAGAUUAAUGAAGGGGGUAUGGUGGAUGUGAUGUGUUCAUUUGUUCCACAUCAACUUGGAGUCUUCAAAGUGAAGCAGAAGAUAGAGAUUAUUGGUUUAGUGGCAGAAGAAGAUUUGCAGUCUUUAUCGAUAAAACCUUUCCAUCACGUAUAUUUAAAUUUCAACAGCAUCUGCAAAGCUUCCACCAAGAAAGUUGUGAUGAAAUUUGAUGCUGGUAUGUUGCCUUUGAUCCGUAAUCCCAUGGGAAAUUUUGUGGUCAAAGACUUGGCAAAACGCAAGAAUUAUGCACCUGUUGCAAUGCUUCAAUCAGCCACGCCACGCACUCACAAUCAUCACUCAUGUGAAGAGCCGGUGAAGGAUGUGCUGUUAGCCUUUCCCAAUGACCGAGCUGCAACUAUCAGGUCUAAAGACCAUGAUAAACAUUUCAGGCCAAUUUUCACAAAAGUUCCAAGAUUUGACUAUGUGAAUCCUGAUUAUGCAUAUACUACACUUGAAAAACAGCAAAAGAAAUUACAUGAAAACUAUUAUGCAAUGUAUCUUAAAUAUUUAAGAAGUGCGCGCUUGCAGAAGAAACAAGCAGAGAGGGAGCACAUGUAUUCAUAUGAUGAUACAGACAUAGGCUUAGAGCCAGGAUCAGGUCUAAAGUCACCCUCACUCUCAGAAGCGGAAAUAAAAGAGGAGCUGUCUUCAGCAGCGAAUUCAAUCAGAGCUAAUAGAUUGUUAACCACUAGGAGUAUAGCAUCCCAGGAGGAAGAGUCCCUGAGAAGAAAGGUUCACAAGGGACUUAAAUCAGAACCAUCCACACCACAGGAAAAACGUGAUUGCAGCUUAAUUUUGACACCAAAGCAAAUUCAUCAAGUAAUUGUUGGGCCUUCUGUCCUUAACUUCAGUAAUAUUUGUGUGAACUCUCCAAAUACUCGUCUACUUCAUGUUGUUAAUAUGCUACCUAUGCAUGUUUUGCUCCAGUUAGAUACUACUUUAGAAGAACUUCGGAAGACCAACCAAUUUUCAUAUGUGAUUCCACCUACAUCCAGUACUUAUAUUUCAAUGGUAUUUGAAUCUCCCACUGUUGGAAAAUUUUGGAAGUCUUUCACCUUUACAGUGAACAACGUACCCAGUGGACACAUCCUAGUGAUGGCAGUUGUCCAGCUAGUAACACUUGAGCUAUCUUCUAAUGAGCUAGUAUUAAGACCACGAGGCUUCUUCAUGAAAACAUGUUUUCGGGGGACAGUUAGAUUGUAUAAUCAUCAGAAUUGUCGUGCUCAGUUUCAAUGGCAACCCGUAAACACAGGAAGAGGGAUAGCAUUUUCUAUUUGUCCAGCUAAAGGCAAUGUUGAAGCAUACUCCUCACUGGAAUGUGAAGUAACAUGGCAGCUGGGCUUCAAUUCUCCAGAAAAAGGAGAAUUUAUUCUUCAUGUCUUUCAAGGCAAUGCAUUGAAGCUAAAAUGUGUUGCACAUCUUGGUCGCACCAAAGUAUUACUUUUGCAGCCAAGGAUACUCUUUAGUAAUUGCCCUCAAGGUUUAACAACUUGGAGGAAAGCCAUUCUUCAAAAUGUAGGACAAAACCAUGCUUAUUUCAAGGUUUGUACUCAGAGUCUUUUGCCUACCAUUAAUAUUAUUCCAUCGCAAGGAAUAGUUCCAUUUGGGGGAAUAACUGCUCUCAAUAUCUCCUGUAAACCCACUGUGGCAGAAAAGUUUGAUACAAGAGCAAAGGUUGCUAUUCGUCAUGCGAAUGUUAUAGACCUUAGGAUUGGUGGAUCUGCUGAAAUUGCUGAUGUAGAAAUCGAUCCUGAUGUAUUUAAUUUCAGUGGCGCCUAUAUUGGUGGUACCCAGAUUAUUCCAUUUGUAAUAAAAAACAAAGGUAUAACACGUGCCAGAGUGGAGUUUAAUCUAAAAGACUUUCCAGAUUUUUCAAUGGAUCUUAAAGACAAAUCAGAAGAAUUUAAAGACCCUGCAGUUCCUUAUAUAUAUUCUUUGGAAUUAGAGGAAAACACAUCUCUGGAAUGUGGCAUAACAUUUUCUCCCAAACAAGUGACAAUAAUUAAAUUUAUCAUUCAAGUUCAGAUUAAUUUCUUUGAGUCUUCAAAGCUCUACACUAAAUAUUUGUCCGGUUCUCCUUCGAAUCCAAAAACAGUACCACUGAUCCGACCAUGUUAUGUUCAAGCUACUGCACUGCAAUCACCAUUGAACUUAUCUAGUACUAAGUUUGUAUUUGAAAUCCCUUUACAUGAGAUGAAUCCUAAUAACAAGGUCACAAAAACUCAGAAUCUUGUUUUAUAUAAUAUUACCAAACACCAUGUGACAUGGACUUUGGAUCUUAGUAAUACUGGCAAACUUUUCAAAGAUGGCACAUUCAAGUUCAGUGUACUGAAUGGGAUUAUACGACCAAAUGCAAAGUAUAAUGUUUCCAUAAAUUUCUGUCCAAAUUGUCCUGGAAGAUACACAGCAGAUAUUCCUAUGUUUUUGAAUGAUAUUCCUGUUUGCUAUAAAAUGUUAUGUCUUACUGGAGAAGUAAAAUCACCAGAAUUAUUGUUUGACCCUCCAUUUAUAUUUUUCACUCCUGUUCCUUUGGAUGUAACAACUGUGAUGGAUAUUAACGUUUUACCUCAAAACUAUUUCAGAAAUUCAACUGUAUGUGUCCAGAUUCCCACAGUAAGGCUUCUUGAUGGUGAGGAGAUUCACCCUCUUUCCGUGAAAUUUCCAAAAGGCAGAGUCAUCCCAGGCUCUCACAGUGGAAUUAAUAAUAAGCUCACUUGCCACCUCAGUUUCAAGUCAUCUAAACCUGUGUCAUUUUUUACCGAUCUUCUUUUCUGUGAUGACAGAAAAAACUGGUUUUCACUUCCAGUUACUGCAACAGCAGAAAACUGCAUUCUUACUAUUUACUCAUAUAUGGCAAUUCAUCUGGAUAAGCAAAACAUUAUUUUAAAGAAUGAUAAGGAUGAAUAUCUUAGCAAGACUAGAGAUGGUGUUUUGCCUCCCUACCAGGAUGCUAAAUCACCCCGUCCUGCUUCAGUUAAAAAGACACACACCACUAGCAAAUUCAAUGAUGCUGAACCUGCAAAAGGAAACUUAUUUAUUGGAGUGGAAGUACUGCCUGAAAAUUUGCACUUGGAUGAAAGUGAAACAUCAAAGGAAGAUGAUGGAUCUAUGGAAAAGGAAAACUAUGAACAAUUCCUUUCUCUUGAAGAAGGAACAAAGGCACACUGCUUUUUUGAGAAGGUUGUAAAUGCAGCACAGACCUGGUUCAGUCUCUUUGGCUGGCCUGAAGGACCCCAUUCUUUUUCUAUUCCAGAGACUAUAAGAAGGGAUGUAUAUAAAAUGCAACUCUACUCAUCAACCUCGCCACCCCAAAAGUUUUCCAGACAGAAUGACUUUUCCAAAUUUAAUAAGACUAUUUAUGAUGUGCUGCUCCAUUUGAGUGGAAAAAUGCCACCUGGAAUUAAUUCAAGUCAAUCUUUACCCGUAGAUAACCAUGAAAAAAGGGUAAUUCAACUUCAUUUGCAACAUUCUUCACUUCUGGACUUUCUCAGUGCUCAAGGAGGAUGUAUUUCACAUAUCCUGCCAGAAUUUUUGCUUGAACCAGAAGAUUAUAAAAGGUGGAUUGAAAUUAUGUCUUCCACUAAUACGAUGCCCGAGAGUUCCUGUACACCUAAGAAAAAAUGUUCUAUUGUUAUAGAAAUGUCUAAAUUUGAAACCUGGAGUAAACGGGCAUGGACAGAUGUAUUUCUACAGACAUACAAGGUUUUUGUUCUAUCCCGUGUAGUACCAUACUGCAGCAAUAAUAUGCCCCCCAACUAUGUGCAAAAUACAGCAAAAGUCAAUCCUUGUUUUGCAUCCAGCAACAUAUAUUCUGAUUCUGAAAGAAUUUUGCUUAGUUGGAUGAAUGUAAAUUAUGAGAAUACUCGACAUGUGAUAUGGAAAAACUGUCACAAAGAUGUUAUCCCUUCUGAGAGAUGGAUAGUAAAUUUUGAUGAAGAUCUUUCAGAUGGUCUUGUUUUUGCAACACAAUUGGGGGCCUAUUGCCCAUUCUUGAUUGAGUCUCAUUUUAUAAAUAUGUACACACGGCCAAAAAGUCCUGAAGAGUAUCUGCACAAUUGCCUGAUUAUUGUAAAUACUCUUUAUGAAAUUGGCUUUGACAUGGAAAUACAGGCCACAGACAUCUGUGACCCAAAUCCAAUCCUAAUGCUCAUGCUUUGUGUCUACAUGUAUGAAAGGCUCCCUACAUAUCUUCCUAAGAAGGUGGUGCCCUUUGAUUGUGCUCUACAUGACACGGCGCUGAAUAAGAUUCUACUGAAAAAUUCCAGCUUGCAAAACUUAGUGUAUAAUGCUAGAAUUGUUGGAAGAGAUGCUGCUGACUUCUCCCUCUCCCAAAAAGGGAAUGUUGUGACAAUUUCUCCAAGAAACGAAAUUAAUGUCACUCUGAAAUUCACCAGUCGCUUUCUUCGUCCUGCUGAAGCUUCACUACUAUUAAUUUCAAAACCCAAGAAUGCAGUAAGAGGAAUUACGAUGACUUUUGCUCUUAAAGGCAAAGUCCUCGAUUUUAAAGCCAUUGACAUUAUAAAAUGUGAAAGCCCAUGUUACCAAUUUCAUGAAUUCACUGUGAAUGUGAAAAACUCCUUCCAUACUGCUGGGGACUUCAAUGUUAUUUUGGUGGAAUCCUCAACAUUUGUCUCUUCGCCAUCAAAGUUAACUGAAUCCAGGCAAUACCCAAAACAUGAUGAUGACAUCAGUAGCAGUGGGAGUGACACUGAUCAGGGCUGUUGUGAUUCCCCAAAUCUCUUACAUACCUCAAUUAAGUCCACUUUUAUCAGAGAGUUCUUCUGCUCCAUGAAUACUGUUCACCUGGGAGUGAAAGGAACUUCAAGCCUAGAGCUCCGCUUUCUUCCCUUUAACAUGCACGUGCGCUACUGUGUCAUCAUCUUGAGCAAUAAAAAGAUUGGACAAUUAGUAUAUGUUGCAGAAGGAAAAGGUAUGACCCCCUUGCCUUCCAGUUGCCUUCCAAUGAAUCCUUCUUCAAGUCCGGUUUAUUACAGCAGUACUCGAGAAGAAGGGCCUAAUAAGAAAUACCCAGUUCUAUAUUUUAAUUGCAAACUCCAUCGAAUCCAGUAUAUGGACCUUAAAUUGCCAAUGACUAAUGAAGCCAAGGAAAAGGCUUUGGCUUUUGCAGCACAGCAAGAGAUGUCGAGUAUUGAGUAUGAGCGAAGGUUGAUCACAGGCACUCUGGAGAGCAGUAGUAUCCGUGUGGCCAUCGCCCUCCUGGGACUGACCAAGAUCGAGACUCUUAUGCUCUUUCAUAUCUCAAAGUUGAGGAAGCCUAAGACCGUUUCAUACACAACAGAAGUGAGCCUUCCAGAAUAUUUUUAUAUCCCCGAGAAAAUCUACAUUCCUCAGAUUCCAGAACCUCGAGUAAUUAAACUUUCAAAAGCAAAAGCUUCAGAUGGAUCUGUACCACUUCCUUUGCAAUUUCUUCCUCUCCAUCCUGGACGCUACCCUUGUAAAAUUUUAUUGAAAUCAAGGUAUGAUGUGCGUGCCUAUUAUGUUGAAGGUAUUGUGAAUGAAGAACAACCAGAGGCCACAUUUGAGUUUGAAACACCAGCAUUUGAAGCCCUUACUCAGAAUAUUCCAGUAAAAAAUCAAACAAAUGAUAAAUGUACAUUUCGAGUUACUAUAGAAGGAGAAUGGUUUUGUGGACCUGUUGAUUUACAUGUUGGACCAGGUGAAAUUGUGCAGUAUCCUCUCACAUUCAAACCUAUUUUUGAAUGUGUCAUUACGGGUAAACUUAUUCUACAAAAUGUAGUAGAUGGUAUGGAGCACAUCUUUGACAUAAAAGGGGUUGGAAAAAAACCUUCAGCCUUGGAACACAUUACUGUGGAAUGUCAAGUGGGGAAUGUGACACAAAAACAUAUAACAUUGCCUAAUUUGACAAAUACUGCCCUAACAUUUAAGGUAACUGCAGAUCUUCCGAUAGUGUGGGGAAAUCCACAAAUUACCGUAUACCCUUAUAAAGAAAUUCUGUACCUGAUUAAUGUGCGCCCUUGGAAACGUGGUAUAUUGAAAGGUACAAUCACAUUUUCUACUAUAAGAAGGAAAUGUGAUGAUUGUGAGGAUGACACAGAUCAAGAUCAAGCACUCUCCUGUCUUGAUUCAAUAACAGAACAAUCUAGCAUUUUUUAUGAUGCAGACACGUAUGAUUAUUUUAACAAUUUAAGAUUCUGGUAUAAUCUUGAGAUCCAUAGCACUCCUGGACCACCCACAGACAUUAUGGAACUGACAUGUAUUGCUCUGGACAGCACUUGCAUUGAAAUACCUCUCUCUAAUCCAAAAGAUAGAGCUCUUCACUUAGAUGUGCAGUUAACGAGUGCUGCCCUUAAUGGUGAUAAUGAAAUUAUCCUGAGUCCACUAGAGUGCACCAAAUAUAUUGUAUGGUAUUCUCCAGCAACUACAGGCUGUAGCAAUGAAAGCAUUAUUUUUCAGCCUGAAAUGGCUGAAGAGUUCUGGUAUUUACUGAAAUUAACUAUUGAAUUACCAAAACCAACCACAAUGCCAGAAAUACGGUGCGACCUUGGCAAGCAUGUCACUCAGAUCAUUCCCUUGGUUAAUCAUACACAUGAAACCUUAAUAUUGCACGCAACAAACAGUAAUCCUGAUAAUUUUGUCCUGGAUAUUAAUGGAAAAUCACAACGGAUCAUAUCUCCUCACUCCACCACAGACGUACCUGUUCUCUUUUAUCCUUCUGCACUUGGAAGAGCUGAUCAUCAAGCUUGCAUCAACUUCUACUGUACUCAGUUUACAGAAUGGAAAUUCUACUUAUCUGGAGUAGGACUAUUUCCCCAGCCUCUAGACACGAAAAGAAUAACCACACGCAUUGGUCUUCAGUCAUCUAUUGUUAUACCUUUCAAAAAUCCCACAACGGAAGAUGUCCUCAUUGAUAUCAAACUGACAAGUGUGGAAUAUCCCAGGAAUCUUGUCAUUGAUCAUUCCUGGAAUAGCUUCAUCUAUGAGAGUCCUGCCUUCAGAUUUAGUUCUGUGAGUGAAAUACAAGGAACUACACUGCCUCCUAAAGGAAAUGUAGAUAUCUCAUUGUUAUUUAUACCCAAAAUUAUGAAAUUACACAAAACAAUGGUUAUUAUUGAGAUGAAAAAAGCAAAUGGAAAAUAUUGGCCUAUUGACAAUUUUGAUGAGUUGGAUGUAGAAUCUAAAAGUAUUAUGGGAAUCGACAGCGAAGAAAUCCAAGCAAUACACUGGAUAUACCCUAUUGUUGGACUCCCACUAGCACCACCUCCUAAAUCUCCUCCAAUUGUCAUACAAUGUCAGUCGAGGAAGCGGGUAGAAGAGAAGGUGGAAGUCAUACUGAAUGCUAGUUUUUUCGGACUUAGUCCUACUCCAGAACUGACAGAAGUUUUAGUGAUUCCGAGAAGAACUUCACAUUCUUUUUGUGAGGAUCCCAAUGAAACUCCUAAAAUACAUGAAUUUGAGUAUGAAAUUCAGUUUGAAUCUGAAGCUAUGAAGUCUAAGUUGGAAUCCUGUGUAGCUAUAUAUUUGAUUGAUAAAUCUUAUGAUGUUACGGCUGAAAGGGUAACAUUUAUCUUCAAUCUGGUAUUCACACCAAAGAAACCAUUAAGGUCUCAUAUAACAUUGAAAAUACAGUGCAUAACAGAAGGGAUCUGGAAGUUUCCCAUAAUGCUGAUUGCUACUAAGCCUGAUACGGAUGCUGUCAUUGACAUUGAAGGAGUUGGUUUAUUUAAGGAAUCUGUUUUUGAAUUAAGGCUGAAAAGUCAGACAAGAAAUCCUGAACCAUUCACUGCACACUUCCUACCUGGCAGUGAUCUGGAGUUUUUUGUAAAACCUCAGGCUGGAGAACUUCUUCCUUGUAACACAAACGGAACUGUCAUCACUGUAGGAUUUAAACCUAAAAUGUACUGUAGGAAAUAUAAAGCAACAUUAGUAAUACAGACAGAAGAAAUGUACUGGAUAUAUGAGAUCAACGGAUUAUCUCCAACUACCGUGGCACCGAAAAAUGCAAAAUCCAAAAUUGAUGCUACUCACAAGACACAUGACAACGUGCCAGUCCAUCCACGUAAUUUUGUCCGUGAAAAUGCUAAACUCAUAAGAACGGGGGUGUCUUCCACCAUCAAAGGUGCUCCUUUGGUGAUGAAGAAUCAAUAA